GGGGUGCGCGCGGAGCGGGCUCGGGAGGGAAGUCCCGAGACAAAGGAAGUGCCGCGCCGCCUCCGUCGCCGCCGCUUCGUCCGCCUCACUCGCCGGGCCGCGGCCGCCCUAGGACUUUGAAUAUGUCGGGGAUCGCCCUCAGCAGACUCGCCCAGGAGAGGAAAGCUUGGAGAAACGACCACCCAUUUACCCCUUGGGAAGGAGGCUUGUUUAAACUACGCAUGCUCUUCAAAGAUGACUAUCCUCCCUCACCUCCGAAAUGCAAAUUUGAACCACCAUUAUUUCACCCGAACGUGUACCCUUCGGGCACUGUGUGCUUGUCCAUCCUCGAGGAAGACAAGGACUGGAGGCCAGCCAUCACAAUUAAGCAGAUCUUAUUAGGAAUACAGGAACUUCUAAAUGAACCAAAUAUUCAAGAUCCAGCUCAAGCAGAGGCCUACACAAUUUACUGCCAAAACAGAGUGGAAUAUGAGAAAAGGGUUCGAGCACAAGCCAAGAAGUUUGCACCCUCAUAAGCAGCGACCUGCGGCAACAUCAAAAGGAAGGGAUUGGUUUGGCAAGAACUGGUUUACAACAUCUGCAGAUCUAGCGUUGCUCUAUUCAAUUACUAGUCACCUAGGGGAGGUGGGCGGGCGCCAUUUUCCAUUUCCGCCACUGGUACACAGUUCUCCACUUGCUGAAUGCCCAGUUUUUCAUACAGGGUCUCUUCCUUCAGUCUUUUGUAUUUUGAUUGUUAUGUAAAACUUUUAUUUUAAUAUUGAUGUCAGUAUUUCAACUGCUGUAAAAUGAUAAACUUUUAUACUUCAAUGAGUCCCUGAGGAGCUAGUUCCCUUUGCUCGCGGGUGCGGCAUGCUUCCCCCUGUCAGAGCUACACUACCCUCCAGCUGGCUGUAAGAACAGGAAAUCAGCCUGUUCCCUUCCCUUGCGCCUCUGUCCUUCUCUCCGCAGAACCCGGGUUGUGUUGCUAUAAGCCUCAGAUCCAAAGUCAGCCAGCCUCUUGUUUUCGCAUCACUUCCUUUGUGUUUAUAUGGCGUUUUGUCUGUGUUGCUGUUUAGAGUAAAUAAACUGUUUAUAUAAAAAAAA